AUGCCGACCAUAGGUGCCGGGGAGACCCGCGCGUGCUACAAGCAUACAUGCCGCAUCCAAAAGUGCCUCAGCGAGACCAACUACGACAACGCUGCGUGCAGCUGGGCCAUCGAUGCCCUGAAGGCCUGCUGCGAGAAGUAUGGCAAGGACAGCAUCCACUGCGCCUUUCCCAAAGACGCAUGA